CCUGUUUUGCCUCCUUCAGGGCUGAGGCCUCCUCUCGUGUCUGCUGCCUCCUUUCACACCAGUUCCCAGAACAGCGCCAAGGAGGAUUAUUACCAGAUUUUGGGGGUGCCCCGGACCGCCAGCCAGAAGGACAUCAAGAAGGCUUAUUACCAGCUUGCCAAGAAGUAUCAUCCUGACACCAAUAAAGAUGACCCAAAAGCAAAGGAGAAGUUUGCCCAGCUGGCGGAAGCCUAUGAGGUUUUGGGUGACGAAGUGAAGCGGAAACAAUAUGAUACCUACGGGACAGCUGACUUUGAACAGGCCUCAGCGGGUGCUGGGCAGCAGUACUGGCGGAGCAGCACUACUGUGGAUCCAGAGGAGCUGUUCAGGAAGAUCUUUGGGGAGUUUUCAGGAUCUUCCUUUGGCGACUUUCAAUCUGUCUUUGACCAACCCCAGGAGUACAUCAUGGACCUGACGUUCACCCAGGCAGCCAAAGGGGUGAACAAGGAAAUGGUGGUCCAGAUCAGCGAUGAGUGUGAGCGAUGUCAUGGCAGAAGGAACGAGCCGGGCACCAAAGUGCAGCAUUGCCACUACUGCAAUGGGACAGGCAUGGAAACUAUCAAUACAGGGCCCUUCGUCAUGCGCUCAACCUGUCGACGGUGCGGUGGUCGUGGCUCUGUUGUAACAACCCCUUGCGUGCUCUGUCGGGGCAGUGGCCAAACGAAACAGAAGAAGAAAGUGAUGGUCCCUGUUCCAGCAGGUGUGGAGGAUGGACAGACAGUUCGAAUGCCUGUGGGAAAGAAGGAAAUUUUCAUUACCUUCAGGGUUCAGAAGAGCUCCACGUUCCGGAGGGACGGUGCAGAUAUCCACUCCGACCUUCACAUCUCGAUAGCGCAAGCUGUCCUCGGAGGAACAGCAAGAGCGCCGGGUCUGUACGAGACCAUCAGUAUUGUGAUUCCACCAGGCAUCCAGGCUGAGCACAGGAUCCGGAUGAGCGGGAAGGGCAUUCCCAGGGUGAACAGCUACGGUUACGGAGACCACUACAUUCAUAUAAAGAUCAAAGUUCCCAAGAGCUUGACUGAGCGCCAGCGAGCUCUGAUGCUGAGCUAUGCUGAGGAUGAGAAGGACGUCGAAGGCACCGUGAAUGGCGUGACCACCACCGUAGCGGGGAAACGGUCCACUGGAAACUAGAGCCUGGGCGACAGCAGUCGGGUGGCCGCGGCGUCCUCCUUGGAGGUGCCGGGACAUCAGGAGCCUGGCCAGACCCCUCAUGGACCUGCUUGACCUCAUGACUAGACUGGAGGAGGAGAAGGGCUUUCACCCAGAAGCCGGGUUGCAGAGGGCUCAUCUCUGCCUUGCCAGCUGCAGGAAUCACGAAGGACUUUCCCAUGCCUUGAAGAGGCUCUUCCUACUUUUCUGGACAGAUGCAAACUGCUCUGUGGUGGGAACCUGAACAGGGAGAAUAAAGUGUACACCUAGCUUAACAAGCAAUGUUUGCUAUCCUGGGAUUCUGACAAGCUCCCUGCUCUCCCGAGAGCUCCUAAGACCCUCCACCUUCUUCUCUGCAGAGCCCCACAUUCCCGGAAGAGGCAUUGGCUUCCUAUUUUCCAGACGGUAAACUGCUUCAGCUGUGGGUCACCUGGGCUCCCAGAGAGGACGGUCUUGCCCCCACGGUGGUUGCUGUCACGGCCAAGGAUCCCUCUGCUGCUGCUCAGCCUGCAGUGGGGCGGAGGGGUUUUCGAGUGAGGAGCAUGAGCUCAAAAGUUCCACAGGAACUAGUUGCCUCUUUGUCCCUGAAGCUGGACAGGGUUGAAGUAGAAAUGGUACAGAGUAGCUUCUCAUGGCUUCUCUGAUCUCAUGGAGGAAAAUAACCCCUCUGGAUCUGGACCGUAUGAUGAACCCAGCUAUGAAGCCAGGGCCCCUAGAAUUUACUACACACGACAGCAGAACAGAUGUGUUCUGAGAAACCCCAGCCCUUCUCGUGCGCCACAGUCAUGAAAUGAGGUUGCUGUGAGUAAUUAGCGUGUGUCACAAGCAUCCGUUAUUGCUGCUUUAUAUGUUUGGCUGGGAGCUGAGUUGCUAGAGAACAGAGAAUGGGCCAGUGGCCUCUGAAGGAAAUAUGGGACUGAGCCAGUGAGCGUAGAAGUGGGUCAUUCUGUCCAGCUCUUUCAGCUGAUCUCUUGACGAUGAUUCCCCGAACAGUUAAAUCCACAAGGGCCACAGCGCUCUUUUCUCCUUAGCUUGCAACAUCUGGCUUGUAUAAUCUUGAGUCUCUGGACCUGUAAGGUACUGGUGUUAAUCACAGAUCUGCUCUAUAAAGUUGUAGUUGUCGAGA